AUGUUCUUACAAGUGAAGAAGACUCGUGAGUUGUGGGCAAUGUCGAAAAUCGAUCUCGCGAUUUGGUUGGUUGCGUUCUGGGCAACUGUGAUCUGGGAUGUGGUUCAGGGUCUUGCGAUUGCGAUUGGAUUCGCGUUAAUCACAGUCAUAUUCAGAUCACAAUGGCCAAAGGCAGCGAAACUGGUGCAAAUCGGCGAUACAGAAAUCUAUAAAGACAUACACAGAUAUGGUGUACACACAACAUUUUCACACAUUGUAAUCUUUCGUUAUGAUGCACCAUUACUGUUUUUCAAUAGCGAGAAUUUCAAGGCUCGUGCACUUGAAGAAGUGGAAAAACAAGAAAAUGAACUCAGAAGUGUUGCCCUAUCAGCCAAUUCAACUAGCGACACGGCAGAUGCACCGAAGAAAUCGAAACGUUCCCGAAUAUACGAUUUACCGCAAUUUCAUUUCAUUCGCCGUAAAGAUAAGCACGAAACAGAAAAUAUGGUACGAUACUUGAUUAUCGAUGCGUCUGGCUUCACACAUAUGGAUCAAAUGGGUGUGAAAAGUUUUAAGGAUCUGUCGGCUGAAAUGGCGAAGAGACAUGUAGAAGUCUUAAUUGCAUCUUGUAGAGCAAAAAUUCGUCAGAAAUGUCUGCAGUGUGGACUAUUCGAGAGUCUGCCACGUAAUCACUUCUAUCCAUCAAUUCACGACGCAGUUCUGUACGCCAUUCAUAAAGAUGAAAUUGAAGAAGCAAAGAAGGUCUCUCAAGUGUCUCAAGUGGAUGCGUACUUACAUCGACGUAAAAGCUGUAGCUUAACGUUCAUUGAACGUAAUACGGGACUUCGUGCUUCACUGAAACGAGAUGAUGAAAAUUGUGAUCUAUCAGAUGAAGUGUCAAAGGAAGACUCCGAAUCGUCGUCG